AUGGAGUCCAAAUUGCAAUCCCUCAAGGUGACCGAGCUCAAAGCUCUGUUGCAACGGGCAAAUCUGGCACAGACUGGAGUGAAAGCGGAUCUCGUUGCAAGGCUAUUAGAAUCCCACGCAAAGGGUUCGCUCAACGGCUUGAGCUUGCAGAGCGAGUUGGGCUUGCAGAAUAGCGCGGCAGUUGCUGCUGCUGAUGGUGGUGGUGGUGGUGGAGGAGGCAUCAAGGAUGCACCCAACCUGCCGGGUGCGGACGACGACAAGGCGCAAACAGAGUCGGACUUGGUAGCAUUACCAAACGAAGCGGCGCAUGCCGUCAAGCCUGAUGCGCAAGCCGUAGCCGUCGCUGCCACACCCGCCGUGCACGCCAAAGCGAGCGAAGAGGAGACAAAGACAUUCUUGGCGGAUCUCAACCGGCGCAGAGCUCGUCAGGCGAGGUUCGGAGAGUCGACGAGGGAUCUGGAUGCUCAGAUUGAGCGCAUUGAAAAGUUUGGCUUGGAGAGCAAAAGCGCAAAGGAAGCUGGGCCUGCUGCGUUGUUGAGCAAGGGCUUGGAUGAGAUUGGCAAGCAGAAGAAGGAGGCGAGGAGAGGUGCAGAGGUGCAAAAAGUGGAUGGUAAAAAGGGUGGAGUGGCAUUGGAUAAGGCUUUGAGCGCGACAAAGUCGAGCAAAGCGAGUGCUGCCACUGUCAAAAAGGCAGAGACUGUGAGUGUAGGAGCGGGUUUUUGGGGGAGAUUGUCGAUGGUGGAUGAGGGGCGUAUGCCACUGCGACUUGUGCGUCUCGGCCCCCCAUGGCCCCUACGUGCAUCUGCUUACCUCGUCCCCUCACUCUCUGGCAGCCGGAAGAAGCUGCAGCUCGCAAAGCGCGUCAAGAAGCGGAUGAAGCUGCCAAGGCUUCUCGCGCAAAGAGGUGGGGGCUGCCAGAGCCAGCGAAAGGGGCAUCGUCGGCGGGUCAAGUCGACGCAAAAAAAGGCGCUGCUACUGCCGCUGCUGCUAUCGUCGCAGCUGCACCUGUGGACCCGCUGGAGGAGGAGAAGAAGAGAAAGAGGGCUGAAAAAUUUGGAACGGGCAGCGCACCUGCAGAGAACAAAAAGGUCAAGAGUUGA